UGACUAUUUUGACCAUGAUACUAAUAUUGGUCAUAAGAGGCUGCCCUGAUUGAGAGACUUCCGGGUCAACGUAAACGUAAAUAUGGCACGACAGAAACGGCACACCAUACCUGAAAUACAAGCAUUUUUGAAACCAGAGUAUGAUUCGUGUAUGAUGUGCUGUGGUUUCUAUGGCAACAACUUUGGUCAGCCAGUUUGUAGCACAUGUCAUCUUUUUCUAUUUUCUAUCAACAAAGAAGAAGGAGAAGGCGAGGUCUAUACAGAGAAAGCAGAUUCUGAUGACUCUGGUAAUGAGGAGCCUGUUGCUGAAGCAGAUUUUUAUGCUAGCAGUGAUUCAGGAGCAAAGGUAGUGAAAGCUGUGGUGCAUAAGACGGACAAACUGGCUGAGAGACUUGGCUGUCUGACUGUGGUACGUGAUAGGGACCAGGUGCCUGAAGGCCUUGUUGAUUCUUUGCCUCCAGAAGUGCUGUUAGUAGUGUUCAAAUACCUUGAUGACAUUUCAAAAUGGACAGCGGGCCAAGUUUGCACUAGAUGGCGCCAGAUUCUGGAUGCAGAAAUGUCACAGUCCAAGUGGAAGCAUUUUAUAAGUCUGCGCUGGCCACUUUUUCAGCCACAAUUCAAGGUGACUUGCUGGAAAGCCAUCUACACACAGCUAUUGGAGAGUUCUCCUUGUCGUUAUUGCUUGGACAGUAUGAUGCUACAGAGCACACCACCAAUUGAAGAGAAUUCAUGGCGGCAUCGCCGUCUUCGAAGUGAGUUGAAAACAUUAAAAUCAGAUCCACCUGAAGGCAUCCAGGCUACACCACUGGAUCGGCACUGUUGUCACUGGCAGGCGUCCAUCACAGGACCACAAGGCAGCCCCUAUGAGGGUGGACUUUUUCUCCUUUAUCUACAGAUUCCGCAGAGCUACCCUAUGCGACCACCAAAGGUCCGUUUUAUCACAAAGAUUUUCCACCCAAACAUCAGCCGUCAUGGAGAUGUGGGGCUGGACUCCAUCCAUCAUAACUGGAGUUUAGCUCUAACUAUUUCCAAAGUAUUAAUCAGCAUACAGUCCCUGCUGACGGACCCAUAUUGUCAUGUGUGCAUGGAGCCCAGUAUUGGAGCCUUAUACCGAAAAGCCAAGUCAGAGUUUGAGCGCAUUGCCAGGCUAUGGACGUGGAAGUUUGCCAUGCAUGACUAUGUCAUGCCCACAGAUAUAGACCUAAAUGGAGUUUAGAGUGAGCCAGCAUAGAACUCUUGUGCCAGACACCAAUGAGCAGAGUGUUGGUGUUACCUAGAGUUCAGCAUUAACAGUGGACAAUAAAACUGAUUAUGCAGAAUUCUUGGUUUGGCAUGGCAUGUAAAGGUCAUGAGAGAUGUCACAGUGACCUGUUCGUGCAUUUAAUUCAAAGUUGAGAUGCAUGCCAUGAAUGGUGACAGCUGUGAUAUAUAGACUACUGUUAAAAAUGUAAGCACUUGAUGUCUCUGACUGGUGUAUUAGUGAUGGCAGUGUUUGACAUGAUGGUAUCACCUGCUAGAACACUGGAAUAUUGGUGUUGUCACAUUGAAAAGUGCACUGUGCGAUAUCUCUUGAUGGAAUAUUGCUGACAUUAGCUACAAUGACAACUAUCCUUUGUCGUUUGCUGGAAUACUGGUGAUACCAGUUACAUUUACAUUGUGCUGUGUGAUAUCUUUUACAGGAACUUAAGAACAUUGGUGACACCAGUUUCCAUCAUAAUUUGUGACCUUGAACAAUGUGAUAUAAUAAAGGAAUUAAUCACUGAGCCCGUAUAAAUCUAAUGAGACACUUAUCAUAACUACAUACAUCUACUGGGGAAUUGUGGGUAUGUGAUGCUGGUUGUAACCAUUGUGGUUUGAAAGUGAUGCAGGUUGUACUUAUGCCGUUUGUAUGAAUGUUAGCUACAUGAAUACUAAAUGUAUUUAUUGCUGGAAAAGUGCGUUUCCUAAAUUUCAUUGUCUGCUAGGAUUUUACAAUUUUGUUUGUAAUUUUGUGGGAGUUGUGUGAUACCUUGAUGAAGAAAUUGGGCAAAGUAUUUUUUCUUUAUUUUGGUAAGGUUUCGUACUUGCACAUUCUAUGUCUACAAUCUGGCUGCAAACCAAACUACCAUUUUUCAAUGUUUAAAAACUACCCAACAACUAAACUAUCCUGUCUUUUUUAAUGUUGAGCAACUCGCAGCCAAUCAUAUCAUGCAGAGACCUCAGAAAUGAGAUAAAUUUAUUUUGCAACAUCUAGUGGUAAAAACUGAUCUUGAUUUUUCUUUUUGAUAUAGAGGCAGUGAAUGUAAGUGGUUGCGAAUGUCCAAGGAUAGACACAUUUUAACACUAACUACAACUCCCCUUUGAGUGCAUUAACUAGCUGGCCACUUCAUGAAAAAAAGAGAUGAAACGUCAGUUAAGUGAAGACAGAGAGCGCUUUGCAAAAUUUUGGUCCGUCAGUAAGUGGCAAAAAAGACAGUUUGCCAAAUUUUUGGUCAAUCAUUAACUGAUGAAAUAAACUGUGUACCAUGUU